AGAGGUCAUGAAAGGGGACUUCCGGUUUCUGUGGAGGACUUUUCAAUAUGGCGCCUGGCUAUAGAGGCGAUGGUUUACCUUAAUGGAGCAUGUUUAAUUGAUCCAGAUGGAAGCCUGUUUAAAUAUCUUUUGGAUUAUCUUCAUGGAGACGUUCAGAAUCCUGAAGAUGCACACCUUUGGGUUGCGCUGCAGGAGGAAGCAGAUUAUUUUGGCAUCCCUUAUCCAUAGUCUGACCAUUUGGCCAAUGAAAUGGAGACAUAUUCUUUAAGGUCAAACACAGAGCUUAAAAAGGCUUUGUUAGAUUUUUGUGAUUCUUACAGUUUAGUUUGUACCAAGCCUACUGUUUGGGUCCUGCACUAUCUCAUCACUUCUGGAGCAAGCUGUGAAAGUAAAAUUACUGGUGUGUAGGCCACGAGAGUUGAUGGGACUGAUGCCAUUAAUAAGGACCUAGGGACGAAAAUUCGUAGUAAAAGCAUUUACAAAAGAAAAGCUGGAAAUAAUGUCCAAUACAUCUGGAGUUAUUACUCAGUAGCUGAGUUCAAAAAGAUGAUGAAUGCUUUUGAUGCCUGGGAAGGGAGAGGUGUCAGCUACUGGAGGGUGCCCCAGGAGCUGAUUGUUUGGACUCUUGAACAUCCUUUGAAAGGCAGUUUGCGUCAUAUGGCUCCAGUUUAUAAGAGACAAUUAAUCAACUUUACUGAAGAGGAAGACUAUUUACUGUGUAAAGUGAGUCCCAAGCCAAUUAGAUUCACAGGUCCCUCAACAGCCACCUGUGUCAAAAUUAAGAAUUCAGCUUCAUUAAAGGUAGCUGCUUGCGGUCCUUCAUGUUCUGCAGUGACUCUUACAGUGAAAGUUUGAUGCUGCAGUACUUCAGUAGCUUCUGAACUGGUAUUCACAACACACACAUCAGUGCCUAGCAAUUCCCAGGUCCUGGGAAGGCAGAGUGCAGACAGUGGGACACCGUGUCAAAUGACAUUCAAGAUCACAGUAUCUAGGAGGCCCAUAAGCAACCAUGUAGUAAAGCUGAAGCGAACUCCACCUUUUCUGGAGUAUCAGCUGUGUUAG